AAGAUAACCUGUCAACAACGAAUUCCUUAAAUUUAUCUAUGUGAGAGUGUUUGAUCUUGAAAAGUUAAAAAUGUUUUGGAAGUUCUGACGUUUAAUUGGUUAUUUAUUUCACAAUUAAUAUUUACUUAAUUCCAUGUUUUGAAAUAUUAAGUAUUUAAAGGAUUCGUUUUGAAUCAAAAUGGGCAGACGUUCUAUCAACACCACUAAAAGUGGGAAAUACAUGAAUCCCACAGAUCAAGCGAGAAAGGAGGCAAGAAAAAGAGAAUUAAAAAAGAACAAAAAACAAAGACAAAUGGUUCGGGCUGCUGUCUUAAAAGGAAAGGAUCCCUUACAACUGAUAAGUGACAUGGAGAAGAUAGAUGAAAUGGAAUAUAAUGUUAACUCUCCUCCAUCACUGAAUGAAAAAGUUUUGAAAGAUAAAAGAAAAAAGCUGAAAGAGACUUGGGAUCGAGUAAUGAGAUUAUAUUAUAAAGAAGAUCGAGAGAGGUAUAAUGAGUUAAGGAAACUAGAAUUGGAAUAUGAAGCUCGGCGUGCUAUUCUUGUGAAGUAUUUUGAAUCAGUUCGUAUUGCACAGCAAGUUCAAGUUGAUGAAAUCCCUUUACCUGAUACUCCAGAGAUGCCAUUAUAUCUAACAUCUCAGAUACCACUCCCCAGUGAAAUGGAAGUUACACAUGAAAAUGAAAGCAUGAUCUUACCACAUUCUAUUUUAAAGAAAACACCUUUAUUUAGGGAAGUAAUUACGAGUAAUGUUCGAGCGCCAGGUGUUCCACCAGGUCCCAUCCCUGAUCUUUCCAGCGAUGAGGAUGACAAUGAUGAUGCAUGGGAACCAGAAGGUGAAACAGAAAUUUCUAACCAAGCUGAUAAAUCUGGUAAAGGAAGGAAAAUACGUUUUGCUGAUGAAAAGGCUUCCGAGUCUGUAUUUGAAAGUAAUGAAACAAGAAAAGAAGAGAAAAAGGGAAAAGACCUUGAGCCCAUGGAUACAUUAGAUGACACUGAGGCUACAGACGAUACUGAAAAACAAAAAAUAGAAGAUAUACCCAUACCUCCCAUGCCUCAUUCAACACCAUUACCUUCUGGUCCUCCACCUCGAUUGCCUCAAGGUCCUCCUCCUAGUGUCCAGGUGAUGUUUAGGCCUCCUCCUUUAAGAGCCAGUAUACCUCCUCCUCCUCGUAUGCUGCCUCCUGGUGUACCUCCACCUCCUCCAGGGAGACCCACCUUACCACCUCCUGGUCUACCUAUACGACUAGGAGCUCCACCAAUCCGUUUGCCACCAGGUCCACCUCCAGGCAUGCCUCCUCCAAGACUUUUGAGACCACCUACAGCUCCACCACCUCGAUUACCAGCGACUCCAUCAUCUACUCCUGUUCUUCCUCCUAGUACAACUGCAAAUACAACUACAACAGCUGCAACAACACCCAGUGUGACUGUGCUUAGUGCACCACCUAGUUUAAUGCAGCGGCCUAAAGUUUUAGCAACAGAAGAAGAGACACAAAGAUCAGCAACAAUAGAAGCCAAACCCCAAAUUAGAAAUCUGAGUGCUGAUGUUAUGAGGUUCAUGCCAACUACAUUAAGAGUAAAGAGGGAAGAUCGACAUAAGAAAGGAGGAUCUAAAAUUGGAGCAACUUUUGACCAUUCAAAAGACAACUAUCCAUCUGCAACAACUAUAUCGAAUCCAUCUGUGUCUGCACCUACGAAAGAUGAUGCUUACCAGCAGUUCCUUAGAGAAAUGGAAGAACUCUUGUAACUGUAGCAUUAAGUUUUAUUAUUUGUACAUAAAUUUAUGAAAAAUCAUUAUAAAAAAUAAAAAUGCUGUAAAAAGUU